GGCAACAUUUGUCUGAUUGGUUGAUUUUUAACAUGACGUAAUUGUGUGGUUGCUAUGGAAAUCAUAACAUGGCGGCCGGUCGAAGAGGAGUGAAUUGUGUGUGUUCUUUCGAAUUACUGCAAAAUAUCGAUAGAAAUAUCGUUAUAAUGCAGUUUAAAAGAGAGAUAGGUGUUCUUUAUCAAUUCAGGCAUUAACCAGUAGUCUUUUUUAUCAAUUUUAUCUAAGAAAUAGUGGCGAUCACACGUAAUUGUAUUGCUCUUCGUCCUGGGCCAUGUUGUACGGUAAGCGACCAAUAGGGAUUUUCUAGUGUUUGCUACCAUAUUUGUCUAGAAUACCCAGAAGGCUUGCUUGAAAAGUCUUUAGGCGGGAAUUUUGUUCAACUGGUUGUAGGUUCAACUGGUUGUCGUUCAAUUCUUGUUGUAUUUCGGUAAUUUUACCUCGUCUGGUCAGAGUUUAUAGGUUUAUAAACAGUCUUUUUAAGGACUUAUACUGUAUCAGCAUGAGGUCUAAAUUUCCUUGCUCUAUUUGCGGAAAGAAGUCCUCGAAUUCUGGAUUUAUUAAUCCAGGUUCAAAGGAAAAAUGCAUUUGUAAGCCGUGCUACGCGCGAAAAAUUCGUUCUUGUUUGCAAACCAUUGGUGUGCAAACACAAACUGAAGAUCUUCCUGACAACUUUGAAGCAGAAACUCCAUUUCAACAAAGCAGGCCAAGUUCUUACCAGACUAUUUCUGGUGCUGAAAUUGUCAAGGAAGUUGAAAGUCUUCAACGAGCAUACUUGUCUGAAUUUUCCAAGGAUGCAUCCCCUGUAUAUGAUCCAGCUAAGUUUAAAGUAUUCUGUCGUGACCAUGGUGCCCCUCAUUUGUUUGAUUUUAUUUUUGCUUGCAUGAAUAGUUCUCGUCAUACAAGAUCUAGGGAGCAGUUGAAUGAGAAGCGUGCUGUGGCAAUAAUUCUUCAACUCUGUUUUGGUUUGUCACAGAAGUGUUCUUUUUUGCAAGUUGACAAUGGCAUUCUUUUGAAAUUUUCCCAUUGUACCAAUGUUGGUGUUAAUACUCAGAGGCAAAUUGGUACAAGUAGUUGCAGCAUGACAGUUGACCGGGCUCUGCAUAAAUAUGCAGCUUCAAACACCAAUAGUGUGACUUGUGCUUUGGAUGAUGCUAUUAAAAAUAAAAAAUUGUUAUUGUUAAUGAUAGAUGAUUAUACAACGAUUCACUCUACAAGAAGGCCCAAAGAUCUUAAAACUUCUAAAGCUAACAAUAUGUGUACCAUAAUUUUUAAAGUAUUUCCAGAUAUAAAGGCAAUUUCACGUCCUCCUCCUCAUGAAAUUCACAGCAAGACUGGGAUCAAACCACAUGACCUUGCCAACGAAAUUUGUUCUGAAAAGCAGAUGACAAAACUCAGCUACACUUUUGCCUCAUGUUUUCCAGAGUUAACUUCUUCCUUUUUUGAUCCACUGUUAGAGCGACAGCGUCUAGAGAGUCAUGAUUAUGGUGCCUCAACUGAUGUAAAUAAUAUGCGUAAGUUCAGAAAUGUUUAUCUGGUUGACUUUUUUAUGCAUUCUCUUAAAUCUAAACAAGAUUAUAUGGAAGCAUUGGAGAGAGUUUUAAAGGUAGAAAAAUUAAAGGAAUAUUUAAAUAAAUUUGUUGUAGUUUUUCCAGGUGACCAUCCAAGCCAAUUUUUUCCUCGACAAAUAGUGCAUGAGAUUCUCAGCAAGUAUGUUGCCAACCUUCAAUCAAAUACACCUGUUCCUCAAGAAGAGCUUCUUUCUCUUAUUCCUCUUAUUGGACCAUUACACAUUGACCUAAAUGCAGAUGAAGACUUAGUAAUUAAUUAUCAUCCUUUUAUUAAAUCUUUGUAUCAGUCACUUUUUCCAAAUAGAGUAUUAGCUGCAAAACCAAAGCCUUGGAGAAUUCAGUUCAUUCUUGAAAUUAUUUAUGGUGGAUGGACACUUAUCAGAAGAAGUGUUAAAGCUGUUUUUCACAACUGCAAAGAUGUACAGUAUGGCACACUUUUAAAUUUCUUGGAUAAUUAUUGUCCUACAGUUUUAUGUUCAUACUCAAUUUUGUUUAAAACUAACGAUUUUUAUAACUAUUAUGAAUCCAUUAUUAGAAUGUGGGUGAUGAUGUACUGUUUCAGACGCCAUCAUUACAGGAAAUCACUUCUAAUUUGGCUCUUUUUAGUCAAAUACUGGGAAAAGAAUGAGUUUUGUACUGACAUAUUUAAUCUUUUCAAAAAUCACCUUAAUGUUAUUGAUGAGUCAGUUGUAGAAUUUGUGCACUCAGUUGUAAGAAGGCACACAGCUGAUGGAGCAAGUGACAAAGCCCUAUCAGAAACACUGAAAGCCAUCUUUGGAUGUGGAGCACGUCAAGAGAAUUUUCGCUCAACAUUUACACCUGCAAGAAAUUAUGUGUUCAGCCGUGUUCAACUAAAGUAUUUACAUACAAGAGUUGCUAAACUUUUAGUUUCUUUUUUUUCUAAAAUCUCUUUAAAUCCGAGACGCAGUGAAUGA